GUUGGUCGCGAACGGUUGGUCGUCUCGACGCAUCUGCUCACGAUUUGACGCACCACGGUCAGUUCACCUUCGCCGCCAACGGGCGCCUCCUUCUCGUUUCUUCGCCUACUCCUUCGCGUUUCAUUCUAAAGUCCGUAUCGCGCGCGCGCGCUCGUGUGUGUGUUUGUGUUUGUGUGUAUUUUAGUGGAGUAAGUGGCGUGUCGGUGUUGUUUUUUUUUUGUUUUGAGAGCAACGAGUGAAGCCCAAGCCUGUUCACUGAAGUAGAUCCAAAGAGUGCUUGGAUCCAACGUUACCGCGCCCGAUUGUAAGCCCGAUUAUCGCUUCCAUCGCGUCAGGCCGUGCGAAGAAAUUAUCGUAGGCGAACACGAUGGACGCAGAAUCGGAGGGCAUUCCACCGGUGGCCACGGGCAGUGGUGGUGGUCCAGCGCCAUCGUCGGAACCCGAAUUCGAUCUGGCUGCCCGACGCAAGCUGUUCAUGUCGCAACCGUCCACGGUAGCGAUUCGACGCCAGCAGGCGGUGUGCGUGCGCCGGGCACACAAGAUCUACGGCACCAAAAAGAACCCGAACGUCAUUCUGGACGGUCUCAACAUGACAGUUCCCAAGGGAUCCAUUUACGGUCUGCUCGGUGCAUCGGGUUGCGGCAAGACGACGCUCCUAUCCUGUAUCGUCGGACGGCGUCGGUUGAAUUCGGGCGAAAUUUGGGUACUGGGCGGAAGGCCGGGUUCACGUGGAUCCGGUGUACCCGGGCCCCGGAUCGGGUACAUGCCCCAGGAGAUUGCACUGUACGGUGAGUUCACGAUCCGUGAGACGCUCAUCUACUUCGGUUGGAUCUACGGUAUGACGACGGAGCAGGUGGACGAAAAGACGGACUUCCUGUGCAAGCUGCUGCAGCUCCCGAAUGCGUCCCGCUUUGUGAAGAACCUGUCCGGUGGUCAGCAGCGGCGCAUGAGUCUAGCGGCGGCACUACUGAACCAGCCCGAGUUGCUCAUCCUGGACGAACCGACCGUCGGUGUGGAUCCGGUGCUGCGCCAGAGCAUAUGGGACCACAUGGUCGAGAUCACCAAGUCCGGCAACACGACCGUCAUCGUGACGACGCACUACAUCGAGGAGACCCGCCAGGCACACGUUAUCGGGUUGAUGCGUGGUGGAAAGUUCCUGGCCGAGGAAUCGCCGGCCGAUCUGUUGGCUCACUAUCAGGCGGAAUCGCUCGAGGAUGUCUUCCUGAAGCUGUCCGUCCUGCAGAAUAUGGGCAAGCGAAGGCGUUCGUCGAUUGCCCAGGAGGUGGUCGAGAACGUCCGGAUACCGGCCAUCAGCAAUCCGGCGCUCGAUCUGUCGCCCGAGGAGGAUCACGGUGAGAUAUCGGGUGAGUUUGGGGAUAACAUCUCAAUGUCAUCGCGUGGACCGGACGCAGUGACGCCGGAAAUUCAGGCCCCACCGCUACCGCCCGAAGAGGAGACGAAGGCUUCGUUUACGGAUCACAUGAAGUUCAUCAAACCGAACCACAUGAAGGCACUGAUCUGGAAGAACUUCCUCUGGAUGUGGCGCAACGUUGGUGUAAUGGCGUUCAUCAUCGGUCUACCGGUGGCACAGAUCAUUCUCUUCUGCUGGGCUAUCGGACACGAUCCGGUCGGGUUGAAGCUGGCCGUGGCGAACUACGAGCUGGAGGAGGCUGGCUAUGGACUGCAGGAGUGUCCGGUAUAUACGGGCUGCAACUAUACGCUGCUCAGUUGUCGGUAUAUGGAGUUUUUGAAAAAUCGGAGCGUUGUGUUGGAACUGUUCCAAAACGAAGACGCGGCACUGAAAGAAGUGAGCCGAGGACGAGCCUGGGGUGCACUGGUGUUUGCCUCCAACUAUUCCGACUCUCUAGUCGAGCGUACCGAGCGUGGACGGGAUGUGGACGAUUUUACCAUCGAGUCCGCCAACCUUGCCGUCACGAUGGACAUGUCCAAUCAACAAAUAGGAACACUGCUGUAUCGGGAUAUUCAGUAUGCGUUCUUUGAUUUCAUCGAAAACAUUCUGGAGUCGUGUGAGGUGAACCCCUCGAACGGUCGCAUUCCGUUCCAGUGGAACAGUCCGGUCUACGGAGAGCGGACACCCAACUUUACUGACUUUGCCGCUCCCGGUGUUAUCCUGACCAUCAUUUUCUUCCUCUCGGUGGCGCUAACGUCCGGGGCUAUGUUGAUCGAGCGUAAUGAGGGCAUACUGGAGCGUUGCCUGGUAUCCGGUAUCACCGGUGUCGAGAUUCUGUUCUCGCACGUCACCACCCAAUUCCUGGUGAUGUGCUUCCAGACCGCGCUGGUCAUGGUGUUUAGCUUCUCCGUCUUUAAUCUCACCAACCGCGGUGACAUCGUCUGGGUGGUUCUGUUGACCAUUCUGACGGGGCUCUGUGGAAUGUGUUUCGGUUUCGUGGUGUCCUGUUCGUGUGAAAACGAGCGCUCCGCUACGUACAUGGCGAUGGGUAGCUUCCUGCCGAUCGUUAUGCUGUGCGGUAUCAUCUGGCCGAUCGAGGGCAUGCACCCGUUGGUGCGGAUCUUUUCCGUCUUUCUGCCACUCACCAAGUCGACGGAAUCGCUACGCUCGAUACUGCAGCGUGGCUGGCUGAUCGAGGACCCGAACGUCUACAUUGGAUUCGCAUCGACAGCGAUCUGGAUUGUGAUCUUCCUCACCAUUAGUAUACUGUUGCUCAAGUUUAAGAAGGGAUAAAGGAACUAAAAAGGGAAAUAGGGAAUGGGGCAGGCCCGUCUCGGGGAAGGGGAAAGGGUAAUAGGGAACGGCCGUUACCAGGCGCGAGCUGUCAAAUCGUGUGAUCGUGAUCGUGCCUGAGGCGUACGCUAUUGGACUGGCGCAAAUGGUAUGAUAUGACGCUCACACUUUUUGCUUUACCUAGGGAUGACCCUCCCCCGGGGGGGAGGGAGGAAGUCACCGCCCUUCAAGGGCCGCUAAGUCAGGGAAAUUUCUAAGGAGUUAAAUGUGUGUUUGUGUACGCGCGUGUGUGUGUGUGUGUGUGUGUCCCUGUGAGGAGUAUCUGCAUGACAUGUUUGACGUCGUCGAUUGGCUUCCGUAAAUGGUGAUACCGAAGUGAAACUGUUUCUCACCGAAAGCUGCGUACGCAUCAUCGGGGAUGCCUACCUAUUUAUGACAUUUUAACCAAUUAUUGCUCUCCUCACACUACGAACCACAGUUCCAUCAAUCGUCGUUGUUUGUGUUCACUGUUUCCCCGGGUCAACAACUGAAAUAACCUAAAAAAUAUAGAACCGACAACAUGAAGGAUAAUAAUGUUCCACCAUCCCUGCGCUCACCAUCGGAACAGAGAACGAACAAAUAGCUAGGUUUGGUUGUAAGGUAUUUAAGGCAGGCUUAUAGGGAAUAAAGUAAAUCAAAUUUACCU